GUUCUAAUCAACAACAAUCUAGAGACACGUUAAGCGUUCCUUGGCAUUGAAACUAACGUGUCAAAGGGGGUCGGCUUGUCGAGGACUCCAGUCCAUCUGAGGACUUGGAGAAAUGUUUGGAGCAGUGUCGUCCGCCACAGCGUAGGCUUAAGGGUUUGCGGAGUUGCUGAUUAGUCCUUCCAUACUUGAUAAUGAGGCGUUUGCUUCUGGCUAUCAUUCUGGUAGCCAGUGCAUGGGUAUCACACGGAACAGACUUCAAGAUCGCCCUUCUUGUACCUUUCACGGACCCACAGAAUGGUAAUAUCCAGGCCAUUGGAGAUCCCAUCGCUGGCGCCUUCCCACUAGCUGUUGAGGACAUUAACAACAGUCCAAGCAUCUUACCUGGGCACACACUGACUUGGGAAUGGGUGGAUUCGCAGUGCGACAUCAACGUGGGUAUGGAGGCCAUCGCGGAUUUCUGGAAGCGUGGAUUCGUAGGCGUCAUAGGGCCCGGCUGCUCCUGUGAUUAUGAAGCUCGACUUGCCGGUUCCGUCAACUUUCCACUGUUCGACUACGGAUGCGACGAAGCAGCUGUUUCCGACAAGCUACUCUAUCCAACCUACGUGCGGACCCUUCCACCGAGCACGCGUGUUGCCGAUGCGUUGGUCAUUACCAUGCAGAUGUUCAACUGGGAUCAGGUGACCGUGGUCUUGCGUAAUCAUUCAAUCUGGCAUCAGGUCUACAGUGUAGUUUCAGCUCAGUUCAAGGAAAACAACAUAACUGUUCAGCAUGAGGAGAUUUUCGAGUCUGGUUUCAUUCCUUACAAUGACUCCACACCUGAUCCUUUCCCAGACAUCAUUCGCCGCACCAAGGAAACCACUAGAAUCUACAUCUUUCUCGGGGAAGUGUAUGAGUUGCGUAGUUUCGCCAUAGACGCUUAUGACCAGGGAUUAACCAACGGAGAAUACGUCAUUGUGGGAACGUCUGUUGACCACAAGAUGCGAACCACUCAGAAUUGGCACAGUAUGAGCUAUAUUGGCUGGGGUACCUUUGAAGACGAGAAGGCAAUCAAGGCAUUCGAGGCGGUACUGAUCGUAACUCCCAAGGGACCUAAGAAGACCUGGGUGUACCGAGAAUGGAUGUGGAAUGUCAAGGCAACUGUCAGGCUCAGUCCGUUCUUUGGGACCGGUCGUUAUUUCCACACAUUUGCUGCUUUUUUGUACGAUGCUACCAUACUCUUCGCCCAAGCCCUGCAGGCAACACUGGACGCAGGGGAGGAUCCUUAUGACGGCCAACAAAUUGUCAGUCACAUCUUCAACACACCCUAUCAGAGCAUUUCCAUGCUAAACAACCAGAUAGAUCAUACGGGUGAUGGCGUGUCGAGGUUCGUUUUGCUUGAUAUGAACAGAUUGCAAAAAGCUGACGACUACCUGAUUGCUGGCUUCCCAGGCAUGGUUGGAGUGGGGGAAUAUAUCCGGACCAUUGACGGCAAAUGGACUUUCAAUAGAACUGAUGACUACGAUCUGGACAUCCACUGGCCCAACGACAUGGGCCCUCCACUGGAUAUGCCUGUUUGUGGCUAUUUUGGCGAACUCUGUCCAAGAUACGGGCUGUACUUCGGUGUCGGGAUACCAGUGGUCUUACUAAUAUUCGGUCUUACCGCCGCAUACUACAUUUACAGGAAACGCAAAUACGAGAGCGAGCUGGACAGCUUAGUGUGGAAGAUUGACUUUGAGGAAGUUCAAGCAAAAGGUGGCCAGACCAAUAAGUCGGGAGUCUCCAUGAAGAGCAUGGUCAUGAGUACAAUAUCCGUUAUGACGAACCAAGAAACUCAGCAGAUCUUCGCCAGGAUUGGAACCUAUCGCGGUAACGUUUGUGCCAUUAAAGCCGUCCACAAGAAUCACAUCGAUAUCACCCGGGAGGUUCGGAAGGAACUCAAAGCGAUGCGCGACGUUCGUCACGACAACGUGUGCCAGUUCGUAGGAGCCUGCAUUGAUCGACCACACAUCUGUAUCUUGAUGACAUAUUGCGCUAAGGGUAGCUUGCAGGACAUUCUGGAAAACGACGACAUCAAGCUCGACAACAUGUUCCUGGCCUCGCUGAUCGCUGAUUUAGUGAAAGGUAUGAUCUACCUACAUACCUCCCUGAUCGAGUCACACGGUAACCUGAAGUCAUCUAACUGCGUAGUAGACAACCGAUGGGUGUUGCAAAUAACUGAUUAUGGAUUAGAACAAUUCAAGAAAGCACAAGCAGAGGAUCCAGACAUGACUGAUGACGUGCGAUACAGAAAUAUGCUUUGGAAGGCCCCUGAACUUCUGCGGAUGGGUGCAAAAAUGCCAGCACGCGGUACCCGAAAGGGUGAUGUGUACUCCUUCGCUAUCAUCCUAACUGAGAUGUAUUCCCGUGCCCAGCCCUACCAUCUAAAUGACGAGGAGCCUGAAGAAAUCAUUAAGAGACUUAAGGCAGGGUCUAUUCCACCGUAUCGCCCGCUACUAAAUGAUGUGAACGAGAGCGCACCUGAGUGCGUACUGAAAGCCAUCCGCCAAUGCUGGGAGGAGGACCCAGAGGAUCGACCGGAUUUCUUCGGAGCUCGUACCAUUUUGGCUCCUCUACAGAAAGGACUGAAACCAAACAUCAUGGAUAACAUGAUUACUAUUAUGGAGCGGUACACCAACAAUCUAGAGGAGCUAGUGGAUGAACGUACAGAGGAGUUACAGCGGGAGAAGGCAAAGACAGAACAACUAUUACAUCGCAUGUUACCACCUUCCAUUGCAUCGCAGCUGAUAAAGGGGAUCUCUGUUGCUCCUGAAGCCUUCGACAUGGUUUCCAUCUUCUUUUCCGAUAUCGUUGGCUUCACUGCUCUCUCCGCCGCCAGUACACCCAUUCAGGUCGUCAAUUUGUUGAAUGCUCUGUACACGCUCUUCGACGCCAUUAUUUCCAACUAUGACGUAUACAAGGUGGAAACCAUCGGUGAUGCCUACAUGUUGGUGUCAGGCCUUCCAAUCCGCAACGGUAACCGUCACGCUGGUAUGAUCGCCUCAGCUGCUUGGCAUCUCUUGGAGGAUGUUUCAACAUUCGUCGUACCACACAAACCGGAAGAAAAGCUCAAACUCAGAAUUGGUAUUCACUCAGGAAGUUGCGUGGCGGGUGUAGUUGGCCUGACAAUGCCUCGUUAUUGUCUCUUCGGUGACACAGUGAAUACAGCGUCUCGUAUGGAAUCUAAUGGGCUCGCGCUCAAGAUUCAUGUCAGCCCCGAAUGCCGACAGGUACUAGAAGAAAUCGGUGGAUAUGAGCUAGUAGAAAGGGGUCUCGUUGCCAUGAAGGGAAAAGGUGAAAUUCUGACGUACUGGCUUGUGGGACAAGAUCCAAGUUACAAGAUCGAAAGAGUCAAACCGCCCAAACAAAAUCUGUAACAACUAUCAUAAUCCUAGCCAAAUCUCAUCUGCAAGUCAAACACACCAAGCUACGUGUACUUGCAUUCAUUAAGACCCUGAAACAAAACAUUUCAACAGCUAUCUUUAUCCUAGUAAUUAAGCAUGAAGGUCAAAACGCUACCAUACUAGCAUUACCUACUACAGGUGUUAUCUAGCUAACAUGGAGUAUUUGACUACCAUUUGAUAAUCUGAAAGUUUCAAUUACCUCAGACCAAGCGGAUUCUUUUCAGUUUUACCAACACCUAUUAAUGAAUAACACUUUACUGAAAUCAUUACCUUUAAUGAAUCAGACUGCUUGCGUUUACCAAUAUUUAAGCAUUUUGUAUAUUUGUGUUAAAGUCCAUGUUUAUUUCCAUGACGGAUUGAGCAGAAUUAAAGCAAUAAUAUGUUAGUAAACGUGCAAAACGUUCAAUAUUCCUAAAAACAUGACUACGCCAAUACUUUUUUCGAUCCAACUGAAUAUUCACGGAGAGUUGGGCCCAGCAACCGCCUUGUCAAAAGAAUUUAAAUAGACUCCAGCAAAAAACAGCAUCAAAAAUCGUAGUCUACUGUGGAAAAUAGGACGUUCACUUGUACGUACAUGGUUUCAAUCACACGUUCGGAUUUAAUAUUUGCAUCUGUAUGAGAGCAACUCGAAAAAAAGUGCGAAUAAACACAAAAAAGAAAAUAUACUAACUUA